AGGUCAUCUUAUUCACAAGACGAGAUUACUCCUCCUGACAAGUGGGAAAUUCUGCCUGAGCAAAUAGAGUUUGAGGAAGAGCUGGGGAGAGGAGAAUUUGGUGUUGUUCACAAGGCAAUCUUUAGAAAGAGUGAUGAGAUGGAGGCAUUGGUCACUAAGACUUCAAUUUGGCCUGUAUCAACCAGGAAGCCGAAAGCACCACAGCUGGUGGCUGUCAAAGUUUUACAUGGUAAGAAAUACUGACUGUUAUCUCCAUAGACAAAGGCAUAAAGUCUUAACUGCCUGGCAGUCCUCUUCAUAUUACUGUAAGAACCCUUUUGGAUUUAAGUAACUCUUUGGGAACUUUAACAGAAAAAAAAAACUCGACUCUUUUCGAAGACGUGAUCGCAUGAUAUUAAAACAAAUUACACCACCUAAAGACAUUGCAUUUUUAAAAUCGGGAUUGUCUCUCGUUGGUGAAGAGCACGGAAAAGUUGGAAGUGCAAGUAAUUUGUGGUUUCUUUAUUCACUAUGUAAGUGUGAAAAAAUAAUAAAGGCUGUUAAGUUCCAAAAAGCAGGUUUAAGCCUAUUAGCUCUAAACAAAUGCAUCUCUUACGAAUUUACUUUUCCCCAAAACCGAAAAAAAAAGUAAAUUGAUCUACAGGGCCUGAAUUAAAGCCAAUAAUGAAAAUAAAUUUCAACAAUGCAGCUUUUAGUCAAUACAUGUAUGACAACUCUUUCUAAAGGAUCGGAUGCAUCUGAUGAUUUGGUCUGCCCUUUUUGUGAUCCAUGUUGCCCAGUUUACACCGCAAGUCAUUUGAUAGUGAGGAGAAGGGAAAACAAAUUAUGAAACUGAGCUACGACAUCACCACGCUGAGGGCUAGACCCAGGGGCUACUCUCUUAUAGAAGUUAUACAAUUGUGAGCGGGGCCGAAGGACAUGGUUGUUGACCCCUUUAUGUGUGAAACUGGGAAAAGAUUUCCGCGAUUUGGGAAAAACAGAUAAAACGUGAAACAGGAUUAGGUUUAGCUCUACCUUGUAACAGGGCUGUAUUUAUUGUAUUUAUUUUAUUGUUGGUUUAUUAUUUGUUUAUGCAUCUAUCUAUUUAUUUUUUCAUUCGCCUUUUAGCGGGGCUCCCUCGAGCGCGAAGCGCGCGUGGGACAGAGCCCCAUACUCAUAGAAUAUAGUCAACCUCUUUUCGUUUGGUUGUCACGUGACUGACCUGAUAGCCACUGACCAGUAUCACAUUGCCAUAUCGAGGGCUCAUGUGUCAACUCAUCAAGGUGACGUGAUUUAUUUGGAAGCUGUCCGCUGACCAGUUGUUUUACUAGAUCGCGAUCAAUGUUUAAUCUCAUACUUUCUGGCUAGUUUGAGAGCACAGGAAAACUGAUAAUGCACACAUCCAUUGGACAUCAAUGUUGUGAUCAAUUGACAGCUGUCAAAACAGGGUGUCCGCUGACCAGUAUCAUUUGACCGUAUCGCGGGCUCAGGCGUUGACCCAUCGACGUCAAGUAUUUUUUGAAGUUAUCCGCUGACAAGUUACCAGUUUUCAAAUGAUCGCAGGUUCAAGUUUGAUUUUUUUUUUAUUCGUAUAUGUUUUGUUUUUGGGCCGCACAAUUAAAAUUUUGAUUUAAAACUGACCUCGAACCCGAAAAUUCAGCCAGCUAUUACAGGCAGGGAAGACAGUUGCUUUUGACUUUGCUCACCAUGGUCACGCUCUACGUCCAUUUUUUAUGCUCUGAUUGGUCAAAAUUUGACAGCUGAGCUCAUGUGGAAAAUUUAUGCAGCAUCUUGAAUCUUGUUUACUUUGACAAAGCUGAAGCUGACAGAGUUUUGUGUCAACUUGUGAUGUUUUUAACUGUCUUUUUCCACUGGAUGCACAAAAUGAAAUUCAGCUGCUAUCAGGAGUCUUCUGUUAUUCAUGGCUAGUUGGUUUUUGGUUGAGAAAUUAAUACAUCCCUUGUCAAACGGAAAUCCGAUUUCGGAUGGCAUCGUUUUCGUUUUUCACCUUGCUUGAUGCGUAAAGGUUGAAAAGUCUGAAGCGAUACUGGCCUUACUUGAUGCCUUUCAGGAGCUGCAUCUCGAAUGGUAAACUUCAAUAAUUAUUGUGUUUGAUGUUUGUUUUUUAUAUCUAAUUUAAUGAAGUCGAGCGAAGUUUAUGCGGCUAUGUAGUUUAUGCACGUUUGUAAGAUUUGAGACAAUUCGAUCUGACCAAGAAUCAGGUUUGAUAUAAGCUUACACAACUUUAAAAAGUCUUUAGACAUUUUCUCACAGCAAAUAGAAAGAAAACGUUCCAAAGAACAUUUAGUUAUAAUUCUGGCUGUAAAAGAAAGUUUUGAGCGAUUUUCUUGCCUCGAGUUCAUCUUUGAAAAAAGUAAACUUAAGCUUUAAGCUUGAAGACUCAGGAUUUUUAGAGACACUUUAAUGCUUGUCGUCGUGAAUGAAAAAUGUCGCUGUAUAUGUUUUACCGAAUUAUAUUUCUUUUAUUGAUUGUUGGUAGUCUCUUUUGUGAUUUUAAUCGCUGUGCCGUUUGUUUUGAGUCGUUCAGUGAGCAUCGCUUGCAGGAGUACUCAAAAUGCCGUGCGUAUCAAACGCUUUUAAAGAUUACACAUCGAUAAACCAUUAAAUAAAAAAUAAACAUAAUAAUUUCUUUAUUAUGUUGGAGCUUAACUCUAGUAUGUUCGUUCAAACAUUCGCUGCAGCUCGCACUGCAAAAGUGAGAACCGGCUGGCCGUAUAUGUGAUUUUGGAAUUUUUUUUAACGGUUUAGCUAAAACGGCCCACGCGUGCUUUGAUCGUCCUGAAUAUUGAAUGAGUGCAAUUUGUUUUGCAAAAUUGUGAAAUACUGCAUUCUGUCCGAGGUCUGUAUGGUAAAAACAGUACCUCAUAGUACUGUUUACCCUCAGAUGUGAUGUAUAAAUGGUAUAAAAGGUUGGUUUACACGCAACCAGAUUUGUUGGCAAGAUUAAUCUGACGGUGAUUGCUAUUUUUUGGGUGUACAUAUGAGGUUAUCAACUCGAUGUAAGAUUUUGUUCACUCUUGGGCUGUUUACAAAUUAUUUUUCACUAAAAUCACUUAGCCUUUCCCUCAAAAGUCACAUGAAUGUGCUAUGUGCUCUAAAGUUAACUGAAUUGUGGAAUACAAGUUUAUUGUUUGAUUUAAAUUAUAAUAUAUAGAUUUAGCCACAGCUAAAGGCGAAGCUACCAUCUAUAAAUUCAUAACUUAAAUCAAACAAUAAUUUUGUAUUCCACAAAUCAGUUAACUUAGGGCACAUUCAUGUGACUUCUGAGGGAAAAGCUAAGUGAUUUUGGAGUGAAACAAAUCUUGUAUCCAGUUGAUAUAGCCUUAUAUGUACACCCAAAAAAUAGUCUUCGGUCACAUUUAAGAGCAAUAAUGGCUCUUGAUCACAGUAGAUAAGGCGUGGAAAACAAAUUCUUGGAAAACAAAUCAGACCGAAUUCUUUGCGUUCGACAAGUUUACAAAUUCUUGCCAAUAAAUCUGGGUGCGUGCAAACCAAUCUUUUAUUUUUUUUAUACACCACAUCUGAGAAGAAAGAGUACUAUGAGGCGCUGUUUUUAUCAUACAGACCUCGUACAAAAUGCAGUAUUUCACAAUUUUUCAAGACAAAUUGCAUUCAUUCAAUAUUCAGGACCAUCGAAGCACGCGUGGACUUUUAAUUAGCGAGACCGUUCAAAAAAUUUCCAAAAUCACCUAUACGGGCAGCCGGUUCUAACUUUUGACAAGCGCCAAAUUUGCGAGGAAAUUUUAAAAAGAGUUAAGCUUCAACAUGAUAAAGAAUUUAUUGAGUCUAUUUUUUAUUAAUGGUUUUAUAACGAUGUGUAAUCUUAAAAAGCGUUUGAUACGCUUGGCAUUUUGAGUACUCCUGCAAGCGAUGUUUAUGAACGACUGAAAACAAACGGCAAAGCGAUGAAAAUUACACUUUUGAGACUACCAAAAAUCAAUAAAGAAAUAUAAUUCGGUAGAACAUUUACAGAGACAACAAUUUUCAUUCACGAAAACAAAUAAGUAUUUAAGUGUGUCUAAGAAUCCUCAAGUCUUUACUAGUAAGCUUAAAGUUUAUAUUUUAAGCCGCCGGUUUCCCGGUGUUGGCCGUUUUCAAAGAUGAACUCACGACAAGAAAAUCGCUCAAAGCUUUCUUUCUACAGCCAAAACUAUAGCUAAAUAUUCUUCGGAAAGUUUUUUCUUUCUAUUUACGGUGAAUCAAUAUCGACUAAAGGCUUUUUAAAGUUCUGUAAGCUUAAGCUUAUUUCAAAUUAAACCUCAUACUAGGUCAGAUCAGUGUCUCAAUACAAACGUGCAUAAACUAGCUUCAUAAACUGUGCCGCUGGACUUCAUGAAAUUAGAUAUAAAUACAAUAAUUACUCAGGCUUACCAUAUUUCGAGAUGCAGCUCCUGAAAGCUAUCGAGUAAGGCAAGGAUCGCUUGAGCCUUUAUAAUUCUCGUACGCAUCCAGCAAGGUGAAAAACAAAAACGAUGCCAUCCGAAAUCGGAUUAUCGGCUAUGACAAGCGACGCAUUUCACAACCAAAAACCCAAUAAACAAACUAGCCAUGAAUAGGAGAACACUCUUGAUAGCAGCUGUAUUUCAUUUUGUACAUCCAGUGGAAAAAGACAGUUAAAAACAUCAUAAGUUGACUCAAAACUCUGUCACCUUCAGCUUUGAAAGUAAACAACUUUCAAGAUGCUGUAUAAAUUUUACGCAUGAACUCACCUGUCAAAUUUUAACCAAUCAGAGCAUAAAAAUUGGACGUAGAGCGUGACCAACGCGUGACCAUGGUAAGAAAAGGUCUUCCCCGCCCGUAUUUUUAAAUAACUGGCUGAAUUUUCGUGUCCGAGGUAAGUUUGAAGUCAAAAUCUUAAUAGUGCUGGGCCAUAGUGACAUAAACACGACAUAUUUCAUAUAAAUUUUUAAAACACAAACUUGAGCCUGCGAUCAUUUGAAAAGUAGUAACUUGUCAGCGGAUAACUUCAAAAAAUACUCGACCUCGAUGGGUCGACACCUGAGCCCGCGAUACCGUCAGGUGAUACUGGUCAGCGGAUACCCUGUUUUGACAGCUGUCAAUUGAUCACUGCAUUGACGUGCAAUCAGUUUUCUCGUGGGCUCCCAAAAUAGCUAGAAAGUGCGAGAGUAAACAUUGGUAUGCCUGUGGUGCGGACGGACGGUCGCACGUUCGUUCGUUCGGUGUACGGUCACGUGAUAACCAAAUUUUCUGGGAUGGCUAGAUUUACUUAGCUAUGGGGCUCCGCCCACGCGCGCGCGCGUGGAGCUCCGCUAUUAAUGGGAGCCUCGCUUUUAGCCCGGGCUAAAUCUAUUUAGUAUAUACUAAAACAGUGGAUAGUGUUUUUGGGCGCUCUGAUUGGCUACUCAAUCAGUGAAUAUCCUGCACUAUUCACUGAUUCACCUCCAGUUCCUCCGAGCGAGCGACGCCAAACUCGCGUAGGUUGCGAGCAAAAUGCUUUCCCUUUUUGCUCCCGUAACAAACUAAUACAUUUCACAACUAAUCAAGCAAGCUAUUUCCGAAAUACAUGAAGAAGGUGACGAAGUUCGGUUUGGAAGUUUUAACAGGUAAGGCUUUGUCUUUUUGACUUGAAUAGUUAUCGAUAAAAAACCGGUGAAAAAGUUUUUUGUUUACAAAUGCAAAUUAAGCUCAAGUCUUGCGUUACCCUUAUUUAGUUGACUGGUUCAUAAAUAAGCUUAAAACUAAAUUCAAUAAUCUUUUUUACAGAAUUAUUUUAAAUACAAACAGAAUUCACAACUCCUUUUGAAGAAACUUCCCCGCAAGAGCUAAACAAACGCCUUAUUUGUCGCUAAGAAAAAGCGACGACCGCGGCCGUUCGGUCAUCGCGCGCCAAAAUUGUAAUCGUUGGCAACAGUAAAUGAGUUAAAAAUCAUCAUUUUGUGCUCAAUUAUCUUACUGUUUUAGUAUAUACUAAAACAAUUAUUCACCUCAGUGUCGGUGGCUAGUAUUGGAUAUUUACCUCGCCGCUUCGCGGCGUCGGUAAAAAUAUCCAAUACUAGCCACCUCCACUUCGGUGAAUAAUUGUUAUAUAUUAUGAACAGCGGUUUAGGUAGUGAGGGAAACCACAUAGUCACAUCACACCACCACCCGAAUUUUCCAGGAGUACCUCCCGGGGCUGCUGGGAGGGUGCAUGCAGUCAAGUAAACUAAAAAUAAUAACAAAUGUCUGAAUAUUUCUGGAUAUUCUGUUACACGGUAGAAUACAUCUGUAUAUACCCUUGUAGUUAGAGGAUGAGUGGGAAGCGGUAAAAAUGGACGAAUAUGUUUUUCAAAUGAAAUAAUGCUGAAAAAUAACGAUAAUAAAAUCAAUGUCAUUUGUUUUUAAUUAUCUUUAGAUAAUCCAUCUGAAGCACGGAAAGCAGAGUUCACGUUUGAGAUUGAACAGAUGAAGCUGUUGGGUUCACAUAAGAACGUUGUAUCCAUGGUUGGAUGCUGCAAGCUUCAGGAGAAAAUGUUCCUGGUUAUAGAAUACGUUCCGUGUGGUGACCUGCUGACGUGGCUACGCCGCAGAAGAAAAAAGGUAAGGACAUGACCAAUUAUGCAAUUAGUUAAUGACGAAAUUAUCAAGAAACAGAUACAGGGAGACAACAUAACGAAUAUAUUAUUAUGGUACUAUCAGAACAUUUUGUACAACUUAUUUAAGCAACCGCAGGUCCUUCAAAAUUAUAAAAGCAUUUAAUGAUAAUACUAACAAUGAUAAUUAUAUUUUUGUUACUUGCUUGAUGUUUAGAUCAAAGAACUUCAAGCUACCGAGAGAUCUUAUGCUGACAAAGAGGUUCUGAAAGAUCAAGGAGAGACCAGAGAUCAUGUAGGCUUGUAAAUAAACUGUAGUUUAACUUUCCAUACUAGCUCUGUCCUAAAACAUUUAUUAUCCAGGGCCCAGUUCCUAAAAAGCUGGUUCAGUUUAACCCAGGAUUAAGCGAGAUUUUAAGCACGGUUUUCUUGCUACCUGUGUGAAAAACCUCUGUGGAAUUCCGUGGAUUUCGAUGGAAAAUAGUUUUUUUUUUGUAUAGUUUUUACGUAGCAGGCAUGAAAAUUCUAAAUAUGAUAUUUCUUCUUGAUACCUCGAAGCCAGACGAAGCAGCCCAUCGAAGUACAGUCUUCGAUUUCAAAUUAAUUAAGUAAUUAUUCCAAAGGAUUCAGAUGGCAAUUUGCAGGAUAGACCACAUUCAUAUCUGUAUAAACAAAAAGAUGGAAACUACGCAUUAAGACCGAUUUACAGCACCCGAAAACAUACCCUUCUAAAUCGAGCAGAGACAAUCGAGCGGACGAAUUCAGUUGAGCAACCGGUCAGUAUAAAACACCAACUGCGGACUGCGGACCACGGACAGCGGACUGGGUAUAAAAUACGGACUAGGUAUAAAAUGCGGACUCCGGACUGAGUAUAAAACACAGACUAGGUAUAAAACGCGGACUGCGGACUACGGACUAUGUAUAUAAAAAAAGCUUUAGAAAGGUAAAACUGAGAAAAAUGGAAAGCGGACUAGCAAAAACAGUAGUCCCAGCUUUAACAUUCCCUUGGCUGUUCCCGUAGUCUAUUCUUCCCACGGAGAAGGAAGGUUAUGCCGGUACUCACGGAAACCGAAAUUAAACUCUGAAUUUUAUAAAAAGAAGGAGUUAGAAGAGAUUUCAAUUUGCAGUUUUAAACCAAUAAGAAGCACCGAACUAGAUAAAAUAGUAUUGGUGUUAGUCAGAUCAGUAAGUUUCUUAUCGGAUGUCACAAUUCCGUUUCGAAUAAAGCCUUGAGAUUAUGAGGACUGAAUGAAGAAUCCAGACGAGAAGGUCAAUGUAGGGCAUUCCGCGAUGCACAAAAGCAGUAUUUAGGGGGGAGGGAUUACUCACAUACGUGAAUAAUAACCGAAAUGAGUUAUCCAACGUUAUAUUCUAAACGAUGAUUAUGAUGACAUGACUUACACCCUGCUCCUGGUCCCAGGAGGGGGUACUACUGGGAAUUCUUGGUGGGAGUGUGGUGCCCGGUUCUCCGAAUCCUGACCUUAUUGCAGACCAAAAAAUGUCAUAUUCCACACCCGUUUUCAGACCAGAUCUCUAAAAUCCAUACCCAUUUUCGGACCUGGCCUAAUUUAGCCUGUUCCAGGCUCUAAGAAAGUUGGGGAGACUCCCCAGUUUUCUCCCGUUUUAUUUUCGUGUUCGCGCUGUCUCAGCGGACCCAACUAUCUCGGAGCCUGGAACAGGUUAGGUCUAAUUAGGCAGAAAUUAUGUCAUCAUUACAGAGUUAGAGCGGAAACAAAAAAAUUAUCCAAAGGCAUUUCGAAUUCGCACAUUUCUAUUUCGUUCUUAUUCAUUUGGAAUUGAAACGAUAAAUACGUCCAUUCAUGUACGCUCCCGCAGUUCCCUCGAAAACCAUACCCGAUUCCAGACCAAAAUGGGCAAAGUGUUUUCAGACCAAAAGGCCCCAAACCCCUACCCUUCCCUUAUGUAAGGGAGUACCCCCCUGAUCCUGACCCUUUUCAUGAUUGUUAGAGACCGGGACAAGGUCUAAAAAUGGGUAAAGAAAAUAGCAUUUUGAUCCGGCUCAUGAUUCAGAGAACCGGGCGGCACACCUCCACCAAGAAUUUAUUGGGAGUAUUUACAAUUUUAACUCACGUGUCUUGCUAUUUAGCGAUAUUUUGAUCAUAUUUUUCCGUACCUAGAACCAAUUAGCACCGUGUUUACCAAAGUAGUCCGUAGUUCGUAUUUUAUACCCAGUCCGCAGUCCGCAGUCCGCCUUUUAUACCUAGCGGUGUAUGACAUUUGCAGACUGCAGACUGCAGACCGCAGACUGCAGACUGCAGACUGCAGACUGCAGACUGCAGAUCACAGAUUGUAAAUUAAAUGACUCCAAAAAUCUUCCGAAUAAAGGUGACAUCAAAAAUAUAACAUCGUGUGAAAGUGACAAAGUACCCUGGAACAAGGUUGAUAUUUUUGCGCAAAGUUACAUUGGCCUCAUUCCCAAGUUGCUGUUGGCUAUUCUUCAUCCACCCUUACCCAACUCACCCGGCAUAUCACUAAUUGCGUUGAUUCUUUAUUCUUCUUUGAUUAUUGUGAAUUGAUAAUGACAAGUAGCAAUGCCCACUAAUGCCUAUGUAAAUAGUCGUCUUCUGUAAUAAAAGUUUUUAGAUUGCUAGCACUUCGUGCUCACUUCAGUUACGUCGACAAAAACAACUACCGUAGGGUAGAUCAAAGACAUUUAACACCUUUUAAAUGACGUCUUUCAUCUUAGCAUUAUUUAGGGAUAUGCCAAAUAAUCUAAAACGAACAGAUCCUACCUGGACUCGACAAAUUACCCGAAGUGCAUUUUGAAUUUCUAAAUAGGCAAAUCAUUGCUCAUACUCAAGUCCUAGUACACAGGUGGAGCCCCUUUAGAAUAAGGAUUUCGGCGCUGUUUCAGACAGACUUGUAUAACCAUAGUUUAAUUUCGUCUGUGGUGUAGGCUAAAUUGCAAGACUGUUGUUGGAUUCAUGAGCUAGUUUGUGACAUCGGCAGACAUUCUUGUGCUCUAAUUCAAUACGAAAAGAACAGCCAACCGCUCCUUUAGGAAUGGGGUAAGUGUAAUUUGGAUGAAAAAUAUAAACUUCGCUUGUAGGCCUUACUUCUCCGAACAAGGUAAUGUUGAUGAUGACCUUUAUUACGAUAUUUUUGGUUUCAUUCAAUCAACAGUCUUGCUGCCUCAUGCAGUCUCCGGUCUGUAGUCUGCAGUCUGCAGUCUGCAGUCUGCAAAUGUCAUACACCGGUUUUAUACUGACCGGUUGAGCAACCAAACACGAGUUGUGAACAUAUUAAGCUAACCUUCCUCUUUAAUGUGCGAUUCAACUGAGUCAUUCUUUGAUCGAAGUCGAUUUGAAACAAGCCAAAUGUAAGCAACCUCACAAGUGUUAUUUUGCGGUGAAAAGAACAUCUUUUUCGGAUGCAUUCAUUGCAAAGACAAUCCGUUUACACCACACUGUCUUACUUCCGUACUGCACAGAAGUCCGCCUUAAGAUUUGAACCAAGAAAACUGCUCUUUUACGCAUUUCUAUUGGUUCAAAAGCCCCACAUGAUCGCGUAAGUCACUUAGCGGAGAGGCCUGGGAGCCAGUUCAAGCACCAAACAUGGCAUCAAAUCACGGCUCGAUCGUGAAGAACAUGUCUGUCUUUAAAGGCUGUGAAUUGUGGUCCCUUUCAGAGUUAAUUGUACUAUUCCGACGCUGUCCAAGAGUAAAGCAGUGAGAGGAAAAUAUUGCAUUGUCCUCCCAGGUGAGGAAACCUUAGAAAAAAGCAGCAGGCCUAUUCAUAGUCUGCUACACAGACGUUUUUAUUGUCGUCACGCAACGCUCCUCCUAUCCACGGAUGCGGCAUAAAAACUCAAAUAUUCCUUGUGUAGGUUCGCCGAAAUACUCCAUGCAAAGCAAUCUCAUCAAUCAGGUUGGAAUCGAGUAAUAGGGAAAAUCUUAGCUCUCACCAAAGACACUUUUAUACCGAGAAGAGUUAUGUACCUAGUGGGAUCAUUUUCUGUUGGCUAUUUAAGUACGGGACCCGUACAUCGUCUUGUAUUUGCUAUUCAUACGCACGGGGAUUCUGACUAAACUGAUUAGGAUUAUUAAAGCCCUGACUCAAAACGGUUAGCUUCUAAUUAGGGUUACGCGUAUACGGUUGUUGUUAUAUGAAUAAAAUCAAACUCCACCUAGCAGCUAGUUCAAGUACUACUCCAUGGUUAGGCUACAGUAUGUUGCCCAGUAUCCGGACACUUCAGUUUAACAUUGCAAUAACUUUUCUUUGUUAGUCACAAGAGCUCUGAAAUUUGGCCCAGAGAAAAUCUAUUUCAUCCUUAAUAUGACAAAAGACAGUUUAACUUUUUUGCCUUUGUUUUCAUCGAGAAAUUAAUGUUUUUGCAGAGCUCCUAUGUUGCCCAGUAUCCGAACAGCUGGCCCAGUAUCUGGACACAACAAUAACAACGCAAUUGUACAUAAAUUUCGACAGGCAAGCGACUUAUAAGCUUCUCUUGCACUUGCAAAGUAGUCUGGCAAUCGAUUUCAAAAAUAUAACCUAGCAUAGUGAAAUAAAACACAGCAAAUGACUGGGGUAUGGUGAGGAACGCGAGAGGUUGUUAAAUGGCAUAAUACACCUCCUUGUCUAGGAACUUUUUCACUGAUUUAAGGAAGGCAUCCGUGGACAUGCCGAAGCCGCGGUUUGGUAGCUCAAUUAGCCAAUCUGCAAACGACUUUUUUUCUUCAUUUUUAUUUAAAAAAAAAAAGCUUGGGGAAGGGACCUCAAUGCGACGGUCAAAGGUCACUCUCCUAUUUAGUCUGACCUGCAGUGUUGAUUUCUUCAUGUUUCUAAGCUCCGUUAUUCCAAACAAAUAGAAUUUCAAGAAAGUAAGAUUAAUAAACUUUCUGAUAACCUGACUUCUUUAAGUAUGAUCACUUUAAAUAUAAAACCGUUUCUUUGAAAAUAUCACAUAUUACCUACCCUUUUCUGAGCAGCACAAAUUUUACUGCGAAGUAAACAGCGUAAAUAUUAGCCAUGAAAUGUUUAUUCACCUGAACAGAACGGCCUCUUCUGCGACUGUUUCGCAAGCUUUCUACUCGCCAAAACCUUUCAUUCGAAAUACUUCGUUUACCGAUAGCUGAAAAUAGGGGCCUCAAAAAUUGCGUUUUUGCUUUAAGUGUCCGGAUACUGGUACGCUCCGGAUACUGGGCAACAUACUGUACGAACUAUGGAUUCUACGCCCCGGGAUUGGUUGUCAAUCUUGCCACAUUGAAUUUCUCUUCUUUUCAAAAUUUGCCACUGUAUUUUUUCCUUAAAAAUGGAACAGUGGUUGAAGAGACUUACACUUUCAUGGAAAUUUGUUGAUCAGAAAUUUCAUGAGACUUAGAAAUUUCAUAUAAAUUUCAAGUAGAGACUUGAUCCAGUCAUAGCAAAUACACGUCGGUGUACGGGUCCUAUGUCAAUAUAAUGAAGCAACUGCAUGUUGUUAAUAACAGUGAUCUUCUCAUAUUUUAAAUGCAACACUGAUUUUAAAAGAUAAAUGGCAGACAGCCCUACUAAAAACAAUUUUCUAUAUUUAUUUUUUUAACAGGAUCAUUUUUUCAUUAAGCACACAAAACAUUCCUCUUUAUAGUUAGCAAUAAAAUUUCUUACACGGGGACUUUCAGCAUCGGUGAACAAUACUUUUGCAUUGUCUGUGUAAUUUAAAGUAAACGCACUUAAUUUUGCUUUUAGAAAGCUUCCAAAUGUUUCCUAUUUUGCUAUCCGAUAAAAAGUGCAGACUUGAACAUGUGGGUAAGAAGUUGAUGAGUUGCUUGAUUUCUAAAUUUCUAUGGAUUUUCUCAUAUAUAGAAACUGCAUGGUAUUCUAUCGAACUCCAUGAAAAUGCUAUGGCAUUCCAUGGAACUCCAUUAGUACUUCAGGGAACCCCAUGGCAUUCCAUGGAACUCUACGAUAUUCCAUGGAAUUCCAUCGACCUCCAAGGAACUCCAUCAAUACUUCAAGGAACUCCAUGGAACUCCAUGACAUUCCAUGGAGGUAUUUCACACGGGUAAGAGAAUGUAACUUAAGCUUACAAAAUACUGUUGAGCUUUUACUCUGAGACACAGUAAUGACUCACACAAAAUGUUUCUCUAAGACAUAGGAAGGUAAAUACAAAAAGUGGAACAAAAUCUUUACCCUGGGUUAGCGCUAAUCGGCCUUUCAGGAACCGUGCCCAGAGUGCUUGUUUGUUUUAUGCCUGGUUGUCCUAGCUAUCUAAUCUACCCAUCCGAUUGUUGUUGAAUGGUUUGCACUUAACGCAAUCAUAAUUAAAAAUAAAGAAUUAUAUAUCCUUCUGAGUUUCAAUUUAGUGAACUAUUAGAGUAACUGAGCACGUGUAUUUCUACAAAGUUUCAGUUCGAAAGGGUUUUUCACUUUGUGACAGAACACGUUUGAGUAUUCUAAUAUAUUGCGUGACGCGACAAUAAGGGGCAACAAAAGUUGUCACGUAACUGUAGUUUAAACAGUGACAUAUCUUUUUUUUAGAUUUUGCUACCUGAACAGUCCUUGUUUUUUGAAUAAGUAUUAAGUUUAAUGUUUAUGAGCUCUCUAGAGAUGAGUACUCGCUUUAUGGCAAUGUUUCUGUUAGUUUCCGGCCGCCAUAUCUGUGUUCCUCAGAGGGACGCCAACAUGGCUGGCGUUUCAAAACCAAGUUCUAUAAAUUUGGGUAACACAUUUCUCCGAAUACCUCGCAAACGAAAAACCCGCACAGACCUGAAUCUUAGCAAGAUUUUUUGCAUAUCCGUUAGAUUUCUUAAUUUAUUCAUUUUCACACAGGUCAGCAAACUUGCUAAGAAACAGAUAAAGCAAGCGGAGAAAAUUCAAUUGAGCAUGGAAAUAACCCCAUUACUACAAGAUACCAGCGAGGACACAGCGUCGACUUCUUAUCAUCUCGAUGACGAAGUAUGAAAGAAGUCAGCCAGGAGGGCUAAAAGAUUUUAGAUGACGUUCAUUUCUACUUUAUAUGGAAAAACUGCUUAACUCAACUUAAACGUGGCUAAGGCUUGUAUUCUCGUGUAAUCCUGACUAGUGCAAUCGAUAGAGUCGAUAAUCGAUAAUAAUGGAUAAAUCUCGAUAAAGAGCGAUUGAUUAAAUUGAAAAUCGAUAAAAAUCGAUAGAGGAAAAAGUUGUUGCUAAUCGAUAAUUAUCGACUUUAAUCGAUUUUUAUCGAAGUUGUCGAUUUUAAUCAGCUUUUACUUAAUUCGGUUAACAUUGGCAAAGAACGUUGUUUCCGAACAUACGUACAUUAUUUAUGUGGCUAUGGACGGUUAAAUUUGUAGCGAAAUUUAUUUCACAAAUUACACUCAAUAUUCUAACAAAACAUUUUCGGCCAAUGGACAGGAUAAAAAAGAGUCAUAAGCAACUGACUCAGCUUGCUUGCACAAGAAACUGUUCAAGUUGAACCCUACAAUGUAUAGUUCAAGUGGUGAGGAUAGUGUUCAGUGUACAGUUUUUCAGCAAGACCCUUAAAUUGCUUCUUCAAAAAGCAUAUUGGAAAGAAUCAUUUAAAUCGCUCUGUAAAUAUGCAAAACAAAGUAGAUAAUGAACUCCGCAACUAAAUGGAAAGAAAAAUGUGAGAAAAUCGUCAUUUAAAACAAAAGACAUCUGCAUAUUGUUAAUAUAAUUUGCUGUAAAAUAAUACAUCAUUGGAUUUUGAACCUGGGAGGCAAUCGAUAAUAUCGUUAAAAUAGUUAAAAACGAUAGCGCUGACAAUUGAUUUUUUGAUACCAGUUUUUAUCGAUUGCACUAGUCAGGUGUAAUAUGCAAAAGUUGUCUCUUUAUUUAAUGACCCGGGAACGGAGAAGCGCCUAUUUAUGAAAGAAUUAGUGAACUAUAAAGACGUUUCGAAAAAUCAGAGAGAGGUUUGGGGAUCAAGUAGGCUUACUACAAAACUAAAUUUGGUAUCAGGCCUACUAAAGAUCCGGCUGACCCUCACUGGUUUGUCGUUGUUGUUGUGCCUUCACAAGUGUUUUUUAUACCACAAAACGUAAUCAUGAGUUAAUCGUCAAAUUUAUUUAUUUAGAGUAAGACGUUUUACCUAGAUUUUAAAAUUCUCCUAUAUCUUUUUGUCCUGGCAGCUGUAGAUCAUCUGGUUGUUGUUGACCUUUAGUCUUUAAUUCACCGAAAUUCUAAAUGACCAUUGCAUAAAGUAGCAACAGAGUGGAAAAUUGAGGUAUACUUGAACGGAUAGAAUACAAGAUUUCACGACUGAUAUUAUAUUAAAGAAUGAUAAUGGUUAAACGGAAAAAAUGGCCAGUACUGGGCCAAUAAAUUACGGUUUUUGUUUUGUUUUGCUUUUUACAUAGGAAAGUAAACCUGCUAAAGAUCGGACAAAGCAGGAGCAGCAGACGAACGAGAACAUGGAAUUGACUUCUUUGUCAGAAAAAAGCAUUAAUGAUGAGGUCCGACAGUACCUGGCGUCGACUCUUCAAGGCCAUCAUGUAUGAAGGAAAUACUUAUUUCAUUUUAUUUUUCUUAAAUUUAUUUAUCGUUAUCAAAAGAAAGCAAUGAUAAUGUCCGACAGGAUCUGGCGUCGACUUUUCAAGGCCAUCUUGUAGAAAAGAAAUACUUAACAACGUCUUUUUUUUCCCCUUAAAUUUAAUGAUAUUGAACGUGGAUAAGGCAUGCAGACAAUGAGGAAGCUUGCUAAAAAUUAAGCAAUAAUUUUCCGCGAAAGAAAAAUUCGACAUAUCUUUCUCUAAAUUAUACUAUUUUACCGUGCUCCAAAAUAAUCUAACGAAAAAACUCUAGGAAUCACUUGCUGAGCCAUUGACUCCAUCCACAAUACCAACCACGAUCUGUCUGAUGUAAAGAAUUUUCAGUUGUUUGUUAAUGUAGCUUUAUUACUGGUGGCGAUGAAAGGUCUUUAGAGCAAUCUUUCUGGGUCACGCCUAUACCAGAAUACGAUCAAUCGAAGCACCCACGCGUGCAUUCCAUAAAUCUUUGCAGGUAUGGCAAAUGAAUCUACAUGUAUAUUUUGUGUUCUAAGGGACCGAUCAUUAUUUAUCGCCAAGGGGGGUUGGGGGGGGGAGCGGGCAAUUUUAGGGGGGAUCACUUGAGUUUUGGGAGAACAAAAGGAGGAUCAGUUGUAACUGAGAACCCAAAAGGGGGAAUAACUGGAAACUUUGGAAGGAUUCAGAGGGGAACCACUCAAAUUUGCUUGGAAAAUGAAGACAUGGAGGGCAGGGGGGGAUCGCGAAAAACAUGAAAAGUUAUUAGGGGGCCAGAUCACUUCAGUGAAGUAACAUUCAAAGGGGAAAUCGGCUAAAUUUCACCUUGUUUAGCCCCAAAUCCCCCCCCCCCCCCAAGGCGAUAAAUAAUGACCAGUCCCUAAUUUAAAUAUUACUUUCAUACACUUUUCAAAAACCGGGGAGAAUUUUCCACCCAGUGGCACGGUCCCGUUCUUGCUGAGAUUUGAGGCUCAACAAGCAUGACUGCUUUAAGAUGUUUCAUAGUGUUGUUGUCAAUCUUUGUAUUACGUCAUUUGGUGACUGCAGCCAUCCGAAACACCAAGAAACAACCGCUUUUAGUCAUGUUCUUCCUGAAAAAACCUUUCAUCGAAAGGACGGGAGGAUUAAUCUGUCUUCCCUUCACACACAUGUACAGGAAGGACGGGAAAGCAAAGUUUCGACGAAGGCAAAGGAAAAGAAGACACAAGUGACGAUGGAAAUGGCUUUAUUGCGCCAGGAUGACGUUGCACAGGACAUGGCUUCCGCCACUCACGAUCUGUCUGAUGUAAGAAGGAAGUGUUUAAGGCCACAAAACACACGAAUCCGGAUACGGCGAAACCGAAUACUUCAUUUUUGCGUCAACAUAAAUUCGGAGUGGUGUAUCCGGUUUCACGCUUUCACACGCAUACGCUACUGCGGUUUGCAAUUGCAACUGCACUCGGACCAGCGGUGUGAUUUCACUGGCCGUAUUUCCUUCCCAGUUCCAGUGCUUUAGGGUAACAUUUCAUACACUUCUCAAGUGGGAAUGUCAAAGAGAAAUAACUUGGUAAAGGCCGAUUCAUUCGUCUGGAGCGAAAGUAAACAGAGGGUUGUUGGCCUCUACUUUAAAUUUUUCAAGUUCCCAUUUAAGCCUGGACCCGAGUAUUCAAAAAUAUCCGGUUUCGGUCGUCUUUACGAACUCGCCAAACCCGACGAAUUAAUAAAAAAAUUCCACUCAGAAGAGGGGUUUCAAUGCGGUCUCGGUGAGCGGAUUUACCGUUUUGGUGUAGAUGGAAGGCCGAUUCGUAUUAAAAAGCGUGCGGUUUCAAAAAUAUCCGGAUUCGUGUGGACGGGGCCUGAACCUUAUACGCUUCCUUUUCUCACGUAACGAAGGGUGUAAUGUAAUACCGUUCUUCUUUACGUGCGCUGGGUAACGUUAAACGUGACCUUUAGGUGGAAAGAGAGCGUGUUACAAGCGACCGUGACAUAAGAAGUGGAACAUUUUGGUUUGCGAACGUUUUUUAGUAUGCGUAACAUUUUAUGAAGGCUUGCAUGUGGUUCUAGCGUAUCGCAAUUUGGGGUCACAAAUAGAAAUAUCAGCUCAGUAGUCUGUCUAACCUUGACUCCAUGUUUUCAUUAUUGAGUUAUAGGCGAGAUUGCGUCACACAUUUGAAUUUGCUGGUUGACACAUUACGUCAUCAAAAACUUAAAGGAAAGAAUUAUCGAUCCUCCUGAGUUCUUACUUUCAUGAAUUAUUAGAGCCGCUAAAAACUAAUUUUCAGAAAAAUUUUCACUGCGAAAAAGUUCUUCGUUUUGUGAUACGGUACGCUGAAAUUUCUAAGCUUUUGCGUGACGCGGCAUUUACAUGGUAGUCUGCGAGCAAGCUCUCCGGGCGCUCUGGGGGCGAGGCGGGAAAAGAAAGGAGAGCUUGCAACUACCUCUCUGGAAUUUGAAUUCUACCUUCAAUUCACCUGUGGCUCCCCGUCGACUGAGCUGUCAGAUUUUCGCCAAUCAGCGCGAAGCGGAAACUAGCGCGAUUGUAAACAAACAUUGCAAAACACGUGCCAAGGGUAAUGGCGUCAUUACUAAUGUCAUCUCCGCCAAUCAGCAUUUUGCAUCGACUUAUUCAUUUUCCAGAGACGAAGCUGUAAGCUCUCCCUCCUUUUCCCGCCCAGCCGCCAGAGCGCCCCAGAGGGCUUGCUCGUAGGCUAUUUACAUGGCGGACGAGAGAGCUGCCAUGAAGGCUGAAAAAUUGACUCUGUUGGGGGGAUUUUGCUAUCUGAAUGGUCAUUUUAUUAAUGUCAAUGUUAAUGAGUUCCUCAAGAGAUGAAUUCACCCUUAAAGGAACAGUAUCCCGUUACUGCGCAUGCACCAAACUUUGAUUUUUGGACAGGAUGUCGCGAAAUCAAAAGAUGCGAGGAGAGUAAGAGAAUCUUGAAAAAUCCGUUUGCAUCGCGCUUGGCCGGAUUCAAUACGACACUAAAACUUCUCAGGAUUAUAGAUCAAUGAUAUAUUGUUCCUGUUAAGUUUCGAUUUGGGCAAAAUCUGGAUUUUUUGGCGUUACUUUUAUUGCCGUUGGCCGGAGGACCAAAAGAUUGGAACCACUUUGAUACCGAUUGAAGGCUUAUUUCUUCUGCUAGCUUCCAUACAAGCUCAGAUAAUUGUGAAAGGAAUACGCAGAAAUGAAACAGCAACAAUAAAGACUGUAAGAAAGAAACCGUUGAGACAUUGAUGUGACUGAGGAGAUCUUGUGGAGGGGAGCUUUGUGAAGCAGAAUGUUUUGCAACAACGCGUUAGUAAACUUUUAAAUGAAUCUCCCUACGGCCGACAAAAUCGAACAAACAGGCGCUACAUGUUUUGAAAAACUAGUGACAUGAAAUCAUGAUAUCAUUUUUGACUAACCUUUGUGAUGAUUCAUAGCGUUGAGAUUGCAUUUUUAUGUCUUUCAAACGUUUGAGGCUAGAACGCGAGCAAAUCAGGCAGAUAUUACUGGACUUGGAGCUAUUGACCUCUGACACGAGUUUCAAAUCAGAAAAUAUGUUUUUAAAGCGAGCGGAACGAGAUUUUCGGGUCGCGAGGCGGCCCAGCUAGCGAUAAAAUCGCGAUGAGUCUUCGAACCGCGAGCCAAAUUUUUAUAUAAGACGAAAGACUUCUUCGAAAGUCUAAAAUAUUACUUGAGAAUAUAAACAACAAAUCUCUGUCGGCGGUGCGGUCCGGAAGGAAAUCUUGUCGAGUCAAUUUGACAGUUCUAUUGUCUUUUGAAGAAAAAACAGAUGAUGCUCGCGCGUGCGCAUAAUCGGGACACUGUCCCUUUAAGUAGCACAACUCCGUGACACAUGUUUCUGUUGGUUUCCGGCCGCCAUGUUAUAAUUAGUGACCAUCCAGGUGGGUACCAACAUUGCGUCUCCAUACAAAUGUAUGGUAAAAAUAUCUAUAAAUGUAGGUAAAAAAAAUUCUCCGAAUUUCUCGUGCAUGAAAAAUUGCACCGACCUGAAUCUUGGUGAGGGCCUUUGUAUAUUUAUUUUCUUUCAUUUCCCAGAUUCUAGACUUUAUCUAUUACACGCUUUUGAUUUUUAUUUUUAAUAGCGUGACAGUGAAAACCUGCAAUAACGUUACAUUUUUUCUACAUGAAAAUGUCAUCGCCAUUUUCUUUAAUCAUUUAGCAAAGUUUGGCUGAUGAGUAUGAAGUCAAGGAGGAUCAACAUUCUAUACACCAAGACCAAGAACACAUUGCAGUGUCUCCGCAACAAAGCAACAAAGAUGCCGUUCUUGAAGUGAUUCCAUCGACUUCCACCGAAGUAGAUGUAAGACGAGAAUAAAAACACCAUAAUAAUUACUUAUUCACUAAUAAAGAAAAAUUUACCUCUUGGGCGCCUUAUUUUUCUUACGUUUCACGUUAGAAGGACACAACAUGAUCUUGGUUUUCCUAUGCCGCUAAUGUGUUUCGUCGAUGGUGUACCUUUUCUGCGCUGUCUUGGAUUUACGUUUCAGCGUCUUGUUCUCCUUCUCUUAAGCUGUUUUCAGUUGCGGGCUUGUGACUUCCAGAACGAUGGCUGAUACCCGGGGGGUACUUGGGUAUUUUUUGGGUGGGUAUGUGCCGCCUGGGACUCCAAAUUGGCACCCCGUUCUAAAAAAAAUUCCCCUAAAAUUGAUACCCCGUUCUGGAAAUGAGCCAAUUUUUUAUACCCCGUUCUAGAAUUCGCCCUAAAACUGAUACCCCGGUCUAGAAAUGGGCCAAUUUUUUAUACUCCGUUCUAGCAGGAGCUCCUGGUUCAAGAAAGUUUGCAAAUUGAAAUAGCCCUGUUUUUUAAAAAGAUGUUUCUUUAUUUGUUCGACUUAUAUAUCAAAUAAAUGCUUCUUCAUAAUCAUCCGGAGUACUGCAGCUUUCGUGCGUUCGAAAUAUUAUACCCCGUUCUAGAAAACGCCUCUGAAAUGGAUACCCCGUUCCAAAUCAGGAGCUUCAAAAUCACGACCCCGUUGGGCGGCACAUACCCGUAUAGGUAAUGUAUGGGAGUGCCCCCCCGGGGAAUCGUCUAGUAAAAUGGCGUGUUUGUUGUUUGUAAUCAGUACCACGUGUAUCAGCAGGUGGCCGAGGUUUUCUGGGUAAACAUCAAACUGUAGGCAUGGAUUUUCAUCCUAGACUUGAAAACAGUACCUUGGACCCAAAGUAGAUUUUAUCUAGCUCUUGACUGGUCACUUUGAAGUUACUUUUAAUAGAUAAUACUUAUAUAUUCUGUGGCUCUUGUCUGGAUCAAGCAAAUUAUGUUAUUUUUUUUCUUUUUAUACGUUAGUUACUUAUUUACUAAUAAGGAAAGUAAUUACUUGAAAGCUGUGCUGUUUCAAGCUAAACCAAAAAUUUGAUAUAUUUUUUUUUUAUCAAUUUAACUAGGAUGAGGAAUUCAAAGUGACUGACAAAGAACUUCUAACCAGGCCAACGGCAUCACUAGGAAAAACUCAAGCUUCUGCAAUGCCACUUUCAAUUGAAAACCUAGAGGAGUCAGACGAGGAUCCUUGUGACGUACGAGAGAACUUUUCUACCAAACAACUGUUUUCAUUUGCCUGGCAAAUAGCUAAAGGAAUGGUAAUUAUCUUGUUUUCUGAAUAAUGUUGCUGGGAUUCUGAUACUGAGUAUAACUUGGAAAGAAGAAUUCAAAAGUCAAUAUUUUAUCAACAUGAAAUAGACGGGAUAAAUAUAUGGGCUGUUUUUCUGAUCUAGAUAUGAGUUUAAAAUGGCUUAUAUGGAAAAAAAUUUCUUUUCGGUCGACCCAGUUUUAGCUAAAUUCGUUUCGUUAUGCAUUUGAACGUAAAUAUUUGGAUCAGAUCAGUGCCGAUAUCUACUUUUCAUUUGUAUUUUUUCAUCUAUACCUAACUACUUAAUGUUCGGCGUACCCCCGUUAUUAUGUUUUGAGAUCAUUUUAAUAGUUUUGUCGUUGCUUAUUUGUUAUUAGAAUCAUCUAGCCGAAAACAAUCUUGUUCACAGAGACCUUGCUGCCCGUAAUGUUCUUGUUGGCCAUGACAACCAGAUCAAAGUGUCAGACUUUGGGUUGAUGAGACAAAUCUAUGAAGAUGUGAACAGCUCAGCGAAGUCCAGAAAACUUCCUGUAAAGUGGAUGGCCCCAGAAUCACUUUAUCAAGGGGUUAACACGACCAAAAGUGAUGUGUGAGUGAUGAGUUUUCCCGCUCCCUUGACAAGGGAACUAUUGAAACUUUUCUACUGAAUAAAUUCUCAGAAUUGUAGUUGCCUUCAAAAAUUACAGAAGCAAGUAACUCUGAAGCGCCUAAAUCCCCUUAUUUUUAUAACCAUGCUAGGAUUUUUAGCCGUCCAAUUAGAAGCACGGAAAAUUGUUUGCCCAAAUAUGGAAUCAUAGUAUUGAUAGUAUGGCAUCUCUGUCAUAUAGCUGCUAAAAACGGAUUCUUCCAGUCCUUAACAGUUUUCCAAUUACAUCCAAAACUCAAGAGUACACGCAUUUUUUGGGCUGCUCCGUGGGCAGCAAACAAUCUAUAAAUGCCGUGAAUCUGUACAUAUUUAUAACCUCUGGUUUUUCUCAUAGUUGGUCUUUUGGUGUUGUUCUUUGGGAAAUGGCUACCUUGGGUGAGUGGAUAGUAAUUUUGUAGUUUAUAGUUGUCAUGUUAAAUUUGAGGUGACUGACAAUUCAAAAAAAACAUUUUUCAUGGUCUAUGACUCUUAUCGACCGUAGAAAUUAUGUCAAAAUGUUGAAAACUCAUGCACGACCCGCAGGAUACUGGUUUUACACUGCAAAGUUUUGAGCUCUCCAAGGCAAUUUAAAGGGAACGUGCCUUAACCCACCUUCCCCAUUUGCCAUGGUGGGAUGUGGCUUAACUGUUACGAUUGUUCUCAAGGUUACUGCUACCAGGAAGGGUAGCAGCAAGUUUAAUUUUUCUUGUUUGAUCUGGGCUCUGUUUUAAUUGAUUAAGUGCUGUGAGACAAGUACAUCUCCUAGAUGAUAACCGUAUGUGACAAUACAUAUUCAUUUGAUGACUGGAAACGAGCAGCCUUAUUGUUAAUCACCCUGCCUUCUUUCAAUACACAUUUAACUGCAUUGGCUAUAUAUCAGACCUCCAUUCAAGCAACCAUUUUUGCAAAAUGGCCUUAUUGAGUUUAUAUGAGGAGAAGUGACGAUCGAAUAAGGCAUCUUUAAUAGAAAUAAUGGAAAUUGCAUGUAGUCAGUUGCUGAUAUGCAAUCAUUUGUUUUCUUUCUCGCAAUCAUCAGGAGGCGUACCAUACCCCACGCUGACCAACUCAGAGUUGUAUCGACUGCUCGGUACUGGUUAUCGCAUGGAAAGGCCUGACAUGUGCUCCGAUGACGUGUACGUUUCUUGAUUAGGGUGGUCUUAGAUUUAACAAACAGAUUCGAUUUUUCUGUGCGUCUGCUCAGUUACAUUUCUCACCGACCGGUGCAGUAUACGAAUUCGUCAAAUAUUUUAACGCCUGCUUUGAUCCUAUUAAAUACUGACCAGACGGACGGCAUGGGAAAACUUUUGAUGGGAUCCUCACUCUUUGAACAAAAAGGAAACCCUCAGUCCAUUAGCUUUAUGGUCAAUAAAGGGAUCAUUAGUAGUGACUAGGUUAAUCUCUUUCCUGGGGCCGGGGGAAGUACUACCUGUACUGGGAAGGCCCCACCAAAAGGGGUACCUCUCAGUCUUCUGGUGUAGGAAUUUUGUUAGUCGAAGUGUAUGAAAGGGUAGGGAAAUCUGUCAUUUCCGUCUGUAAAAUGACUUAAGAGUACCAGAUAAGAUUUUUUGGCUGUGAAAAAGUCGAGAAAAUGUUCUAAUUUGUUAUUUAUUCAUAUUUAAAAGGAAGUGCAUUUUUCAGCAAUUUUAAAAAAGGGAUAAAGUUGAAGUUCUUUUCUGUCAAAAAUGAUACUCAAAAUGAUAAGGGGUUGGACCUCGGGGCAGAGCUUUACAUACUAAUGGCUGGCUAAAGGAAUGGGGAAUCACAUGAUAACCCAAACGUUCCAAGAGCCCAUUUUAAUGGGCUUUACGUGGAAGCUUCACCCAAAAGGAGUACCUUUUUAGGCCGCAUGGAUAUGGAAAGGUAGGAAUUUCACGAGCUAAAAUGUUUGAAAUGGUAGGAAAUUUUGUAACUUCGGUAAUUUACUUUAAAAGAUAUUUUAAACAGAUGUACCUGUAUUGUAUGCUUCAUGUUAAGGGCUUAAUGGCUUAAAAAGUGAAGAAGUCGUACUAUUUUUCAGGGUAGGCAAGAAAGGAAUGUAUACGAAAGAGGUACCUAUUCUGUCAAAAAUGCUGUACAAAAAGGAUUGGGCCUCACUGUGGAGCCUCCCUGUAAACUCAUGAAGCUAAGAAGCCUAUAUAUCCUAUUAAAAAAUUUCUUUUAUUCCAAUAGACCUCUUUCGCUUGAAUGUGUUGUUUUCCCAAUACAGGUCAUGUCUAACGGUCAAAUUCCCCUGGGACCUCUUUUGGGAAACCAAAACAUACAAGCUAUAAAGAGGUCUUUUGACACUGUCUAAUAAUUGACUGGAGCUCUACUAAGCAUUGAAUGGUUCUUUUUUUUCUCCAUUCAUAACAGAUAUGAGCUGAUUACUGACUGUUGGAACGAAGACCCUUACAUUCGUCCCAGUUUCUACCGUUUGAUCGAAAAAAUGGAGGCGAUAAUGGAAAGGGAUGCACCAUAUUUGAAUGUAAACAAACACAAUGAAUAUCAUCCGUAUUACAACGUGCCACCUGAAGCUAGUUCUGAUUAA